GUGGGAAAGGAAUGCACGAGUGGAUACCAAACUUGACUUGGGGACAAUAUGAACAAACAGAAAGUGGAAACAAAGCAAGUCUUUGGUUUCAAAAUAAUAGUUCCCAUACAGUUAGUGAACUGAACUACAGCUUUGAGGGUCCAUUUCCUUCCUCUGUUGGUCAACCUAUUUUGAAUGACCCUUCCGCUCAACCUUCCUUGCAGUUAUUCGGAAGUGUACCCCUUAAAGAGGCUCAGACUGUGAAGCACACAACAAACUUUUCUUCAGAAACCAGAAAAAUUUUUGAAGAACAGCCACAAUAUAUUGUGCAGCCCAAAGACCCUUUCGCAACUUCUCGGAAGGAAAGUGGACAAACGACACCUUUUGCAUUGAAGCCUCGUGAAUACCCUGUUCAACAAAGAAAGACAGCACAAUUAUUACUUUCUCGUUGUUCGUCUGAGUUUUGUCAGUAUGAUAUAGUCAAGCAAUAUUUUGAAUCGAUACUUCCAGGAAAGGUCGUACAAGUCCAAGUAAAACCAGAGAGAGGCUCGGCAAUUGUAUCCUUCUCAACAGAAGACGACGCUGAAAUUGCCUUGAAGGCAGGUACUCCACAGGGUGAAUAUAGAAUGCGAAUGCGAUACUUUAUUCCAAAAGAUUAUCGUCGAAGAGAUUAUUUUGCUUACCGUGACCCUUAUUUUUCAGCAGAGGCUUCUGGGAACGAAGAAGAAGUUGUAUCCAGUAAAAUGGAUACUGAAGACCUUCCAGCAUUUGAGACCCCUCUUCCUUCUUGUAGUGACAACGUGGAACAGAGUAGAGCUUGGAAGCCUUUUGGAUACAACAAAGAGUCUUUAAUGGAAGCCAAAGUUGCAAAUGAAGAUGAAAUUGUUCGCAAAUUGAAGAGAGAGUCACGCUUUAUUCAAAAUGUUGUUUCUGAUGAUGAAGGAGAAGUAGAACAUGUCGAUGAUACUGGAUGGAGAACAGCUGGUGAAAAACAGCAACUAUCUUUGGCUCAUAAUCUGAUUGGAACUUGUUUAGAAAUGUGUCCUGCUGAAGAGCGGACGCGACGUGAACUUCAGAGAGAUUUAUCAAUAUUUGAAAUUGACUACUGUAAACCAACAGUGGAAGGAGAGCCUCCAAAGGUAGAUCAUUUAAAAGCAGUUAAGAAGUAUGUACGUUCUGCUGCCUGUCAAGAAGCACCAAAACCAAAUGAGAUCAGACCACCCUAUAUCUUAGAAAAGACAAUGGAAUAUUUGAUGGAAUAUAUUGUAGAUAGGAAGGAUUGUUCGUUUAGUGAAGUGCACAAUUUUGUUAGAGAUCGUACGCGUUCUAUUCGUCAGGAUUUUACCUUUCAAGGUGUUCGUAAUGAAAUGACCAUAGAUAUUAUUGAAAAGACUGUAAGAUUUCAUAUAUUAUCAGAACAAAGACUUUGUGAAGAAGAUUCCAGUGUCUAUUCAAGUCGCCAAAAUAUGGAACAAUUGGACAAGUGUCUGAUAUCGCUCAGAGAAAUGUACAGAGAGAGACGUGCAAAAGGUUUGACAACUUCAGUCAAUGAAGGAGAGUUUCAAGCUUAUUAUGUUUUAUCACAUUUCGAUCCUCACAGUAUAUUGGCUGUUUGUAGAGAACUUGAUAUUCAUGUCUUGAAGAGUAGACAGGUUGAAUUUGCCCUGAAAGUAUAUCAAACGUUGCGAAGUAAUAAUUACGUUGGAUUCUUCAGACUGUUACAGCGUGCAUCCUAUUUAGUGGCUUGUAUGAUGCAACAACAUUUUUCAUUCGUACGCAAAUCGGCUCUGUUAAUUAUGCAAAAAUGUUACAGUCGCUUUCCUGUUAUGCCUAUUGCAGAGUUGGAAGAAAUGUUGGCAUUUGAAGAUUUGGAGGAUACAUUAUCUUUUUGUGAAUCGUUAGGUUUUGUUUCAGACUACCUUGAGGAUGGAAUCAGAGUGAUUCGUUUGGAUAAUACGGCAAGUGCUGACGAGUUGACAAAAUAUCAUCCUCGACGAAGUCUUAAACAUAUUGAGCCUAAAUCUAAUGGUUUUUCUGUAAAAGAUAUUAUGAUGGGAAAGACUGAGAUAUUAGAUCAUGGGACUUCUUCUAAGAAGCAUCGAGAUUUAUUGCAUGUCAGGGAAGCAAGGAACACGCAACCAUUGCCUCGUAUACAACAAGAAAAUUAUGCCUUGAAAGACAAUGAAAGGAGACCAACCAGAAAAUUAUCAGCAAAUGCACUAGAAUUUAUUCCUCAUAAUCAACAGCAGAUGGAACAAACCAAUUUUAUUGCUAUGCAAAUGAAUGUUCCCUGUCGAUACAUCAAAGAGGAGCUUAACCGGAACAAGAGUAACUCAUGGAGCGAUAAAUGUGUUAUGGGAAGAGCAGAUACUUUGCCAUCCAAUCAACGACGACUAGAAGGACCGCCUCCAGGCACUUCAUCGUUGUCACCGGAAUUCUCAACCAAAGAUGAUAUUCCAUUCACAGGGCAGCGUAACACAGCAGAUAUGACGCAAUCUUCCCUAUCUUCAGAACUAAGAUUGGACAAGGAAGAUGAGAAUAUACCUAAAAUAGAUUAUUUUCAUUGCAAGGAUUCAAGUCCAAAGAUACCAGGCAGGUAUUUGAAACGCAAAAACCUGUUUUGGUCAGAUGAAGGUGUAAGGAGAGAAAAUGAAUUUCUUGGAGAAGGCAAAAAAUCUAAGAUUGUAGAAGAACAGUCAGAAUGGAAUGCAGCUUUAGUCAACCAUUCUAUCGUAGAAAAAUCCAAAAACUCGGAGAAUAUUAUUGAGAGGGAUACUGAGGAAGUCAGGUCCGACAAUGAACUAUGGAUAGCAUCCCAAAGAAGUCAAGGUUCCAGACUCCUAAAGUUUCUUCCACAAAUAAGAGAGUUGCAAUUGAGAUACAGAAAUCUCGCUUCUAAGUCUGUUGUGGAUACAGAAAAGACCAAAGAGUUAUCCACACUGAUAGAGAAGAUUGAAGAGAUAAGACGACAGUUGUUUCAGUUUCUUCUACAAGUCAAUGCGACAGAUAUAUGUAAUGAUGACAAGGAACUGAGGAAUAUUGUUUUCUCCAUUCGAGAAUUUUAUGAGAAUUUAGAGGUUUUUAUAUCUGAUAUGCUAUCUAUCAAAUGUCAGUGGCAGUGCGAACUGCGAAAGUUGAACGAUGCCGCAAGAUCGCUCAUUAGAGCUCCAGCAGAAGCAGUUAGUAAUUACUCGAGCAACGAAGAUAGAGCUGUUUUUGCUCAGAACUCAAAAACUCCGAUUAAUAUGUAUCGUGUCAGAGGACAUCCACUGAAAAUUCAGUCUACAGACGUCAAAGAAGUGAGACAUACAACUUGCUUGAUUACUGUGAAAAAGUUGGUUAGUCAAGAGGAGCAAGAAGUUGUAGCCCAAGGUUUAAAGAUGCUCUCUAUGGGAAUAACAAGCGAGAAGGAGAGCAGUUCACAUUUCAUGGUUCCUUUGGUUGAUUGCUAUUGCGAAGUUUGGACGAUGGACUCAGAUACUGCUUUUGUAGAAGGUGUUUAUACGAUGGCAAAGCCGAAUAUACUAGUAACUGGAGUUAAUGAUGUGUUUACAAUAGAUUGGAAGCUGUGGAAAAGAGAACUGAAGUCCUUCAUAUUGAAGAAUUUUUCGAUUGCAGUUACCAUGUUGGUGUUUGUGCAUUCAAAUCAGCAAUAUUGUAGAGAGUCUAUUGAUUUAGGCAAGUUAGUAGAUGAUGAGUUGUCAGACUUACAAAAAGAUGGAUUUAUAUCGUCCGUUUCCAUUGUCCGAACUGAUCGGAGAUAUGCGCAUGAAUAUUUCCAGAAGCUGGCUGAUAUCUGGGAAACAAUCAUAAAUGAUGCUGAACGGGGUUUUCAAGUUGCAAAGUAUUUGUGGAUUUACCCAUCGAUAUCCACGGGAUAUUAUACAGCUCUGGAAGUUGCGAUGAGUUGUGUCCGCUUAGCGUUUGAUCAACUAUUCGUGUGCAAUUAUUCGUUUGAAACUUUGUGCGCUGAAAAUUUUGGCUGGAUUGCGAACAAAUUAUCGUCUAUAAGUAACCUUUGUCUUCAAGAUUGCAAGUACCGGGAGAAUUUUGUUAUAGCCACUAAGGCUUUCCAGAAGCUUUGUUGGAAUGCCCGUCACAUCUUUACGAAAUUGGGUCAAACUCAACUCUCAAAUGAAGAGCUAAUUUUGCUUAUUAUGGAUCAUGGUAGUAAUUGGUGGCAAGACGUGGAGGAUAUGCUCGAAUCUUCACUGGGUUCUAUUUCUGUAAUAUCAUUGCCUAUUCGACUGGACCGCCUUUUGAAGGAUAAAGAGGAAUCAGGAAGCUUUUUGUUGUCAGACUCAUGUGUGAUCCCGGUAAGAAGAAAGAAUAGAGGAGUAGAUAUUUCUCUACGCAGUUUAUCUGUUUCGAACACGUCGUCAUCAACAGAGCCCUACGAAGAGGUUCCAGAGUGGUUACAGUCAGAUAAACAGCAUUUAUCUGAGCUUGAAGAGAGGAUGAGGGUCUCAACUAUUCAAGACAAGGCUGUUUUACUGGCUUUGAUAGAUACCAAACAACAUUGGUUAUAAAGUAGUCUAUCUGAAGCAAACAUUAAUUACUUUUACCGAAUUUAACAAAUGU